ACUGCACGGUGAAUGGGGCUGCCUUCCAACCCCAAAAGCUAAAAGAAAGAAGAUGAGGAAAUAAAGUUUGAGUUCUUCGCUUUUUUAUUAAAACAGCCAUAUCGCCUUCUUAGCUUUGUUGACAUUUGAAACACGCCUUUAAGGCCUAGUUUCCUCUUGUUUUAGGAGCAACAGCUGCCUGAUAGGGACGAGUUAGCCUAUAGUAUUAGCGGUGAAGCUAACACUAUGAACAAGAAGCAAACAGUUUAGUUUUAGAGAAAAGGGGACAAAACCAACUGUUCACGGACAUUACUGGAGGCUAACUGGUCUCCGCACUGCUAGCAUCUCAUUCUCCGAGGAACACGAACGAGAUUUUUACGGUCUUCCACUCCACCAUGUCCACUUUUACUUGGGAGGUUGUUGCUGAUCGGUUUCUUGUUCACCAAGAGAUAAACUCCAGUCCAAACGCUCUCAAGAUUAAAGUGGAACAGGAGGAACCGGAACCUCAAGAUGUCAAAGAAGAACAGGUUGAACUCUGCGUCUCUCCGGAGGAAGAGCUGCUUGUAAUGAAACUGGAGACUGAUUCCUUCACAGUGACCCCUGCUGGUGACGACAUAAUAAAGGAGGAACCUGAGCCUGUUAUGAUUAAAGAGGACAAAGAGCAGCUUGUAGUGAAGCAGGAGACAGAGACUGUCGCUGUGACCCCUUCCAGUAAACCAGAACCAAACCAAAACUUACUCCUCUCUGCAAGCAUUUAUGAAAACAAGCACCAACUUCAACGAGGAAGCAAUCAGAAAGACGCAGAUGAAAUGAAAAAGCUGACGUCACAGAAGAAAAAAUUGUUUUCGUGUGAGAUAUGCGGGGAAAGUUUCACUCAGCUUCGAUACCUGACUGUUCAUCUGAGGACUCACAAAGAUGGGAAACCUUUCCAAUGUGCCAUUUGUGGAAAAGGUUUCACCAAGCAGAGCAACUUGACUGCCCACAGGACAAUUCAUACAGGGGAGAAACCCUUUCCCUGUGAACUGUGCGAUAAAUCUUUCAGGACCAACGGUCAGUGGGUCAGCCACACCAGAACUCACAUAGGGGAGAAGACCUUUCCAUGCCUGACUUGUGGGAAAUGUUUCACCCAUAAAAACACACUCAACAGGCAUGUGCAGAUUCACUCAAGUGGGAAAUCUUUGUCAUGUCUGACAUGUGGAAAACUUUUUGCCAGAAAGACUACCUUGAAUGUUCACGAGAGGAGUCAUACAGGCGAGAAGCCGUAUAUCUGUAAAGUCUGCGGCAGUUCUUUCAAUUAUAGCUGGCAUUUGUCUAAUCAUGAAAUGAUUCACACAGGCGAGAAGCCCUUCUCAUGCGCGACUUGUGGAAAGAAUUUCAGGGAGAAAGGAAGUUUAAAAACACACAUCAGAGUUCAUACGGGUGAAAAACCUUUCGUCUGUCGUGUUUGUGGAAAAGGUUUUGCUCAGAAGUAUAAUCUGACAGUUCACAUGAGGACUCACACAGGAGAGAAGCCGUACUCUUGCAAAGCAUGUGGUAAAUGUUUCAGUGACAACAGUCAUUUCAGGCAACACAUUAAGUCUCGAAAAGAUGAAAAGCAUCUUGGGUGAUAGGAAAUCAAUCCAUCAAGCAAUAAUCUCGAGAAACCCAGCAAUGGGGCUCAAACGUUGACAUUUUCACCGUUCAUGCUAAAUGUUUACUGAUGUUGAAAUCUUAAAAUGGGAAGUGUUAGGAUUAUAUGAUGGAAUAAAAGGGCCAGGCUAGGAAAAAUAGAUAUGAGAAUAAAGUCAUAAUUGCCCAAUGAAGUUGCAAUAAUAUGGGAACAGAGUAGAAGAACUGUUUGUUUAACAAAUAUGGCGACCUGAUUCUUGUAAUGUCAAAAAAGAAAAUCAGACCCUGAACUUUAAGAACUGCUAAACUUCAUACUUAAGGAACGUUAUCGCUCGUCAUCUCAGAAUAAGGGGAUUGUGUCUGGGCAGCGAUAAAUUAAUUUAGGAUUCCGAUAUCGAUUAUUUUUAUUGGUUUGAUGUAUUUUCAAAUUGCUAAAUCCUAUUUUUCUUCUUGAAUAUUCAACCAUUUUAUUGCUCGAUUAUUUUUUCUAAUGGAUGGUUUUAAAGCAGAAUACAAAGUUUAUUGUUCAGACCUGGUUAAAUGGAAACAAUAGGGAUGCAACUAACAAUUAUUUUAAUAGUAAACUAACCUAUUGAUAAUUUUUUUUUCUUUUUUUAGAAUUUCCAUCACUUUAUGUGACUGAAACUCACUUAUGUUGCUUGUAAAAAUGUUCUAGUUUCUCUAUUGUUCUAGUUUCCACACCAUGACAGCACUUUUUUUUGCAAACAAAAUAAAAUGUGAAUUUAAACUUUAACUGACUUUAUUUUAAAUAAAAAGUAUAUAUUUACAUCUGACAGAUAGCAGUGAGUUGAAUUAUUUUCACAACUUGAAGACUGGAAAUAACUUACAACUGAUAUUUGCUUUCAAACAUAUAAUGAUUAAAUAAAAACUUUUUUCCCAAGCCAUCUUCCAAACACUAGUUUCCCCCAAACAGUUAGUUAUUCCUACAUCAGUCCAGCACAUGCAGCUGUCCCAAUGCUGCAUGUUUAAAAAUCCACAUUUACUCCUCUCUCUCUCUCGCUACUUCUACUUCGUUUAAAUUGACUUAUUAGCAAAAACAAGUAAAUGAGUUGCUAAUCUUUUGCUUAAACUUAACUCACCUGCAGAAACAGCUGCAGCUGCUUUCAUGCCUUUCUGUCUGUUGUAAAGUCUGCAUUUGUUUCCCUGAUUGAUUCCUCAUCAGCUUUUAGUCUGAUAUUGUACUAAAUCCCAUCCUGAACUGUGAUUUUGCUGCAUUGUUGUUUUCUAUUAUUUUACUAUUAUAAAUGAGUUUCUAAGUUUCUUUCUUUUUCCUUUUUUCAGGUUGCAUGUUGAUAACUUUGAGUUUGGCUCAACAUUUUGACUGUAAGGUUAAACUGUUGUGUUAAUAAAUUCUUAUGCUUUGGAGAAA